UGAAAAAAAAUCGAUAUACUUGGCACCACUGCCCACAGACGAAAAGUGCUUCGGAAAUUCGAAAUCGCGAUAUGUUCCAGCCGUCCGGUUUCGCGCGUUUUCGUGAAUUUAUCCCCAAAAAGUUAGCCGCGAAACAUAAAUUGCAAACAAAUCAGAUACACACCCAGGAAAUGGCGACUAAAAAAAAUUGCCCCGCUGGGGGAAAAAUGCAUUCCAGUAACCAAAUGCGUCCGGACGGCCAGCCCCGUUGGCAGUGUUUAAGAUUCCUGCGACCAGCCCCGUUGGCGUUUCACAACUUCUCCAGGAUACUCCACCUGGGUAAAAGGAUCCUUUCAAUGGAACCUCAAUCGGAUCUUUACCACCAUCGCAUUUCUUCCACCCGGAACGAAUUGAAGGGAAAAAAGCGGAAAAGGGUAAAAAGCAAACCCGUAUUUAUGGCCUCCAAUAGCCGAUUUCUUAGGGCCCUGGAGCUCAUGGAUAGGGACCGCAACCAUCACCCAAAAUUAUUCGGCUGCCGUUCGAACCGGGCAGAAAAGCCGCCGGAACUGCUUCUAGCUAGCUGCAACCUACAGCAAGCGCCCGAUUCUAGUUCCCCAGCCGUGAGGACCUCCCACUACAUGAAUUAAAUGAAAUACGCAGGCGAUGAUAAAAGCUGACCGGAAAAAGUUAAUUAAAAUAAUAGAAAAUAGUGAAAAGAAAA